AUGGAUGUGGUUUCUCGAGACCUGGAGAAAGCCGAGAUCGAUGCCAGGCUUCCUGGCCAGGCGUCGGAGGCUCGCGUUGAGCCACCUCUCAGUCCGUCCCGUACGUCGUCUUCCUUAGGGUCGAUCUCGAGCAGUUCGUCGUCGGAAGGCCCCGUUGAGCCGAUCAUGUCAAGAAUCCAGACCUCGUAUACGCUGGAAAGACACACGACUGCCCUCAGUCGCAUUGCUACACAACGCAGUCAACAUAGCGGAACAGUCGGUGCUACUCUAAGGUCACGCGUGUCAAAGAAGCCCCUACCGCCAUUUGGUGCUGGAAAACCCUAUCCGCCGGCUUUGCCAGCAAAGGAAGCUUAUGUAGUGGAAUUCGAUGGCCCUGAUGACCCUUUACAUCCGCAGAAUUGGCCAACCAAGAAAAAGGUAUUGACUAGUGUCAUGUUGGCAUACACAAGUCUCGUUUCUACAUUUGGAAGUAGCAUCUACGCUAAUGCUACGACGAGCCUUGCGUCAAUCUACCACGUCUCCACGGAAGUCACACUGCUCGGGCUAUCGUUGUAUGUUCUCGGCUUCGCCACCGGGCCAAUAUGCUGGGCCCCUCUUUCAGAACUUCGCGGUCGAAAAUUGCCCAUCAUGAUCGGUAUGACUGGUUUGACACUGUUCCAAUUCGCCGUAGCAACCGCGAAGGACUUGCAGACAGUUUUGAUCUGUCGAUUCUUUGCUGGGUUCUUUGGUGCUUGUCCCAUUGCAGUAGUUGCCGCCGUGUUUUCCGACAUGUUUGACAACCGUUUCCGUGGUGUGGCCAUCACCGUAUUCUCGCUUACCGUCUUUAUGGGACCUCUUGUUGCACCUUUUAUCGGCGGGUUUAUCGUUGAUAGUUACCUCGGCUGGCGUUGGACUCAGUAUUUGGUUGCCAUCAUGGCUUCUGCAGCUCUCGUCCUAGAUGUGUUCUUCCUCGAUGAGACGUACCCACCUAUAGUCCUCAUGGAGAAGGCCGCAGAACUUCGUCGUCGUACCAGGAACUGGGGUAUUCAUGCAAAACAGGAGGAGAUUGAAGUCGAUUUCCGUGAGUUAGUGUCGAAGAACUUUAGUCGUCCCAUCAAGAUCCUGAUCUCAGAGCCUAUUGUAUUGCUGCUGAGUAUCUACAUGGCUUUCAUCUAUGGUCUGCUUUAUCUCUUCAUGACCGCCUACCCGAUUGUUUUUCAGCAAAUUCACGGUUUUGGCAGGGGAAUUGGUGGUCUACCUUAUUUUGGAAUGGCCGUUGGCGAGCUGAUGGCCGGUAUCUUCAUCAUUGCUCUGCAACCAUCAUAUAACAGGAAACUAGAGGCCAACAACAACAUCCCCGUGCCAGAAUGGCGAUUGCCACCAGCUAUUAUCGGUGGAAUUUCUUUUUCUGCUGGUCUUUUCUGGUUCGGCUGGUCAGGUUAUAAAGCUGAUAUUCAUUGGAUUGUGCCUACUCUGUCGGGGCUUUUGACGGGUUUUGGUCUUCUAUCGAUUUUCCUCCAGUGUCUCAACUACCUUGUUGACGCCUAUCUGCUUUUCGCCGCUUCUGCCAUUGCCGCAAACACGUUCCUUCGUUCCCUGGCUGGUGCAGUCUUCCCACUUUUCGCAACAUACAUGUUCAACGGCAUGGGCAUCAAUUGGGCCGGAACACUCCUCGGCUGCAUAUCUGCCCUCCUAGUCCCGAUCCCCAUCUUCUUCUACUUGAGGGGUCACAAGAUCCGUGCGAGGAGUAAAUUUGCACCUACUUUUGCUCCAGAGAGGCCUGCCGACGAAGACGAGUAG